AAAAGAAAAAAAAAAGUGAUAGACUGAUAGUUGAGGGACUAAAUCAGAACCUCAAGAGAUCUUCUUUCAGUCCCUCUUCCCCUGUACUUCUCUCACUCUAUUUACCUUCUUACCCAAGUCCCGGCCGCCGGAAAUCCUACCUCCGCCGCUCCUCCGUCACCGACAACCGUUUUGAUUUUGCUCGAUUUCAGUUACAGGAGCAUUAUUCGCGAUGUCAGGCAGGAAGGAAACAGUUUUGGAUUUAGCCAAGUUUGUUGACAAGGGUGUCCAAGUCAAGCUCACCGGGGGAAGACAAGUGUCAGGGACGCUUAAAGGAUAUGAUCAGUUGCUGAACCUUGUUCUAGAUGAAGCUGUUGAGUUUAUUAGAGAUGCUGAUGAUCCACUAAAGACUACUGAUCAAACUCGAAGUCUUGGCUUAAUAGUUUGUAGGGGUACUGCCGUAAUGCUUGUUUCACCCACUGAUGGUACAGAGGAGAUUGCUAAUCCAUUUGUCCAGUCAGAUGGAGCUUAAUCUUAUCAAUUAAUGCGGUAACCUGUUAAUUCUUAGCAUUUAUGCCCAAGUUCGUUGUUAAGCAUUUGAACAUUCACUCUGUAAUAUGCAAUAUUUCUGCCAUUAGCUCGAAGUCAUCGGUAUCGAAAAAUAUGACUGCUUCUUUAACUUUCAUUUUA